CCUUCAUCUCACUUUCAGUGACGAAUUCUAUUAAGUUUUUACACGACAAUUCUCAACCUUAAAACCCUCAACUUAGCCUCUUAAUACUCACAACAAAAAUGGAUAUCUUCUUCAUCAUCUUCACUUUAACAGCAGCUCCAUUUCUUCUCAUCUUACUAACCUUCUUAUACGUCAUGCUCAAGGUCUUCACCGGAAAAUCCAUCAACAACCCGAAUUAUGCUCCGGUGAUCGGAACAGUAUUCAACCAGCUCUUCCACUUCAGCUACCUUUACGACCACCAAUCAGAAUUGGCCAAAACAUACAAAACUUACAGGCUUCUUGGGCCUGAAGAAAGCGAGUUAUACACAACGGAUGUAAAAAAUAUUGAGCAUGUUUUGAAAACGAAUUUUCAUAAAUUCUCAAAAGGGAAGUAUAAUCAGAGUAUUAUUACUGAUCUUUUUGGUGAAGGUAUUUUUGCUGUUGAUGGAGAGAAAUGGAGGAAACAGAGGAAGCUUUCGAGUUUCGAGUUUUCGACUAGGGUUCUUAGAGAUUUUAGCUGUUCUGUUUUCAGAAAUAAUGGUGCUAAACUGGUUAAAGUUGUUUCCAAGAUUGUGGUUGCUGAUCGAGCGUUUGAUAUGCAAGAUAUUCUGAUGAGAUGCACUUUAGAUUCGAUUUUUAAAGUUGGAUUUGGAGUGGAAUUAAAUUGUUUAGAAGGAUCAAGUAAAGAAGGAACUGGUUUUAUGAAAGCAUUUGAUGACUCAAAUGAGUUGGUGUAUUGGCGAUACGUUGAUCCAUUUUGGAAAUUAAAAAGAUUAUUUAAUGUUGGAAGUGAAGCUUCUCUGAAGAAGAAUAUCAAAACUCUUGAUGAUUUUGUCAACAACCUUAUCAAAACCAGAAGGAACCAGCUCAUGGAUCAUCCACAGCAGAAUGUGAAAGAGGAUAUAUUGUCAAGAUUUUUGGUGGAGAGCGAGAAGGAUCCAGAGAAUAUGAAUGAUAAGUAUUUGAGGGAUAUCAUUCUGAACUUUAUGAUUGCCGGCAAAGACACCAGUGCAAAUACUCUCUCCUGGUUCUUUUAUAUGCUUUGCAAGAACCCUCUAAUUCAGGAAAAAGUGGCACAGGAAGUGAGACAGGUGACUAGUAGUCAAGAUUGUGAUCUUCAGGUUGAAGAUUUCAUGGCAAAAAUAACCGAUACCGAACUUGAGCAAAUGCAUUAUCUUCAUGCGACCUUGACGGAGACUCUGAGACUAUACCCUGCAGUUCCUGUGGAUGGAAGGAGUGCAGAAGAAGAUGAUGUCCUUCCUGAUGGCAUCAGAAUGAAAAAGGGAGAUGGGUUAUACUACAUGGCCUAUGCCAUGGGCAGAAUGCCUUAUAUUUGGGGACAGGACGCCGAGGAAUUUCGGCCUGAAAGAUGGCUCAACAAUGGAAUAUUCCAACCUGAAUCGCCUUUCAAAUUCGUCGCGUUUCAUGCUGGUCCUCGAAUAUGUCUCGGAAAAGACUUUGCCUACAGGCAGAUGAAGAUAUUAUCAAUGGCUCUACUUCGAUUCUUUCGCUUCAAAUUGGAUGAUGAUACUACAAAAGUCACUUACAGGACUAUGUUCACCCUUCAUAUUAAUCAAGGUCUCCAUCUUCAGGCCAUUCCAAGAACAACCUGCUCAUUAAUAUGAGUGUUUGAUAUCAUCGAGAGGCUCAUGUUCAUCAAGUGUAAUUUUCCAUUUCAAAAGGAACUACUAAUACAUAAAUUUUUGUUUCA